UUCGAGGGUGCAACUUGCCUCGAAUAAGUUGUGAAGAAGUGUCGAGAUCACCCGUUAUCUUGGGCAGUUGGGUGGAUUGGAAGGCUGGAGCAGUGGACUCAGAGGAAAAGGAAUGGCUGGAGGAGUAGAAGAAGCAGGCGAAACCCAAGACCAAGGAUACGUGUAUCGGAUUAGUACGGCUAAGGAAUGGGAGAUGUUUCAGACUAACGGUUGCAUCUUCGGUGGGGAACUUGAUAGAACUACUGGUUGUAUUCAUCUUAGCAAGCUCGAUCAGGUGCAGAUGACUCUGCAGAACUUUUUCAUUGGCAUUUCAGACCUCUACUUGCUGCAGAUUGACUGUAAGAAGCUUGGAGAUGGCCUAAUUUAUGAAUCUGCAGAUGAUGGUUCUAAUUUCUUCCCACAUUUCUAUGGCCCGUCCCGGAGUUUUAUUCCCCUUCCUUUAGAUGCUGUUGCCAAGGCAGAGAAAUUGAAUUUCUUGGAUGGUAAAUUCAGUUGUAGUUUUCUGAGUUGAACUUUUGUGGCUAUGGAUAUGAAGUUGAUCCUUUUAUGGGUCAUUUCAAAAUUCAAAUGGGCAUUGUAUUACUAUUGUAACCCUUGUAGUUUUCCAAUGAAAGUUUCUAUCCAAAGCUUUACCAGUU